AUGUCGGCACCACCGCCCACUCUCGAUCUGUCGCAGCGCGACCAGACCAUCAACCUCGGCGCAGGGCCCUCGUCGCUCCCCACCUCGGUUCUCCUCACCGCCGCACAGGGCAUCCUCGACCACGACGGCACCGGCAUGGGCCUCACAGAGCUCUCCCACCGCUCCGGCACGUUCAAAAAGGUCAUUGAAAAGGCAGAGGCCGACCUCCGCGCGCUCCUCGCCAUCCCAGACGACUAUGCCGUCCUCUUUGUCCAGGGUGGCGGCACGGAGCAGUUCUCGGCCACCGCCCUCAACCUCCUCGCUGCCCAUGCAGUUCACAACCCAGACUACGUCCGCAACAAUAACGGACAGGGCCCGCCCUGCGACUACGUCGUCACCGGAUCCUGGACCAGCAAGGCGGUCAAGGAGGCGAGGCGGCUGGGCUUCAACGCAAACGUCGCUGUCGACGCCAGAAAGGCAGAGGGGGCCGAUGGCAAGUUCGGAAUGAUCCCAGAGGUGUCCACCUGGAACCUCAGCCCCGCCCAGUCCAAGCCGGCCUUCCUGUACUACUGCGACAACGAGACCGUCGACGGCGUCGAGUUCCCCAACCCGGGCUUCCCCAUCGACCGCCUGCCAAAAGAGUACCGCGACACGGUCCCCAUCGUCGCCGACUGCAGCUCCAACAUCCUCUCGCGGCCCAUCGACGUGGCCGCCCACUCGCUCAUCUUCUUUGGCGCCCAGAAAAACGUCGGGCCGUCCGGCGUGACGGUCGUCAUUGUGCGCAAGAGCCUCGUCGUCGACCCGGACCUGGGCGUCGAGCACGGCGGCCCGCGCAUCCCCACGACGCUCGUCUACAAAAACAUGCUCGACAACGCCUCGCUCUACAACACCCCGCCCAUGUUUGCCAUCUACGCCUCUGGCCUCGUCUUCGACGACCUGCUGCGCAACAAGGGCGGUGUUCAGGGCGCCACGGAGCGCGCCCAGCAAAAGAGCCGGCUCGUCUACGACGCCAUCGACGCCAGCGAGGGCAUCCUCAUCCCCACUGUCCGCCAGCCCGGCGCCAGGAGCAGGAUGAACGUCACCUUCCGCAUCGCCCGCCCGGGCACGGCCACGCCCGACGAGGCGCUCGAGGACCGCUUCGCCAAGCGCUGCGCCGAGCACCACAUCGUCCAGGUCAAGGGCCACCGCAGCGUCGGCGGCAUCCGCACCAGCCUCUACAACGCCGUCACCGUCGAACAGGUGCAGAAACUCGUCGAGGUCAUGCGCGCCUUUGUCCAGGAGGUCAAGGCCGAGGCACAGGCAUAG